GGCAACACUGUUGGUGUUGGGCGUGUUUACUCCGAGUAUUCAUUCUAAAUUUGAGACCAUUCGAAACGGAAGGAUACAUGGUAAGCAUACUAUUGUGGCUCGCUGUGAGUCAGAAAUUGAUCAGAUAAAAGAAAAAGACAGGAUACGUACGAGUAUUCGAAAGAAACAGCGAGAAAAGGAAGGUGAGAAUGCACGACGCACAUUAAUGCAUCAAAAAAGUGCCUUAAAUGGGAUAGUAUCGUGAACCUGAGAACGAAAACGCGCACUCAGAGAUGGCUAUCGUUCACCAAGUGAUGACACCGAUCGUCAUCGCCUGCUGGUUCUACUGCCUGCUGGGCGUUGUCGGUCAGUACGAGUGGCAGACUCGCGACUCCUUUGACGAAAUCCGCAUGCGAAUGGAUAAAGUAAAUGACGAUAACUGCCCAAUACAGCACCUUGGCGAUCUGUACCUGCCGGAGGACGCGGUGUCGCACUUGCCCGACAUAAAAGAUAUCAAUAUCAACCCGGUGUUUCCAAAUCGUACGGCUUUGCUGCAUCUGCACAACAUGGCGCUCAGCAGAAGUUUUUUCUGGAGCUACAUUCUGCAGUCACGCUUUAUUCGACCGGCGAUUAAUGAUACCUAUGAUCCAGGUAUGAUGUAUUACUUUCUGUCUACUGUAGCGGAUGUCUCUUCUAAUCCAUACAUCAACGCCUCGGCCAUCUACUUCUCGUCCAAUACUUCUUAUUCUCCAUCCUACCGAGGCUUCUUCAACAAGACCUUCCCCAGAUUCGCGCCGCGGACCUUCAGGGCAGACGACUUUAAUGAUCCCAUACACUUGGAGAGAAUAUCCACCAGGAAUACGUUUACUGUGCAAGAUUUAGGAGCAUUUCCUAAUACCAGGCUUAGCAACGACUACACUACUGACUUUUAUCGUAUAAACGAAUGGUACAAAAAAUGGUUACCAGAUAAUGUGGAGAAAAGACAUGACACCAAAACGACGUAUCAAGUUGAAAUUCGUUAUUCCAACAAUACAAAUGAAACGUUUACCUUCCAUGGUCCACCUGGUGCCGAUGAAUAUCCCGGACCUGUAAAAUGGACUCGACCAUAUUUCGAUUGUGGCAGGUCGAAUCGGUGGCUUGUAGCCGCGGUAUCGCCUGUAGCAGAUAUCUAUCCGCGACAUACUGGUUUCAGGCAUAUCGAAUACCCAACGUAUACUGCCGUUUCGGUAAUGGAAAUGGAUUUCGACAGAAUAGACAUAAAUCAGUGUCCUAAGGGUAAAGGAAACAGUGGACCCAACAGAUUCGCUAAUACUGCGAGGUGCAAAACUGACACUACAGAGUGCGAACCGAUACAUGGUUGGGGUUUUAGAAGAGGCGGAUAUCAAUGUAGAUGUAAACCAGGUUAUAGAUUACCGACUGUCGUACGACGACCUUAUCUCGGUGAAAUAGUGGAAAGAGCCACGCAAGAACAAUAUUACAAUGGUUUUGAUUGUUCACGGAUUGGCUGGGUUCACAAAAUGCCGGUACAAUGGGAGAAGGCACAGCCAUAUAUUAGAGAAAAAUAUCUUGAACAAUUUCAUCAUUAUAGAAAUUAUUCGACCGGUCCAGCCGCACUUCACGACACAAGGAUGAAUAUCGAUCAGACUCUCAAAUUCAUUUUAGGCGUAAAUUCAAGAACUUGCAAGAAUUAUGCGCCACAAGACUUAAUACUACGCGGUGACUUACGCGGUGACAUUAGCUUUGGCGCGGAAGAAUUCUUCGAGAAUGAAGCGAAAAUGGCGACUAGAUUGGCCAAUUUCAUCAGCGCGUUCUUGCAAAUAUCAGAUCCCCGGGAGGUUUACUCGGGCAAGAGAGUAGCCGAUCGACCACUCACGGAAGAUCAAAUGAUAGGAGAAACGCUGGCUUUAGUGCUUGGUGACACGAAGAUAUGGUCAGCCGGCACCUUUUGGGAUCGCAAUAAAUUUACUAACAGAACGUUUUUUGCUCCAUACGCUUACAAGACACAGUUGAAUACGCGCAAAUUUAAACUUGAAGAUCUAGCUAGACUCAACGAUACAGAUGAGGUAUAUACAAAGAAGAGUUAUUUUCAAACGUUAAAGCAACGUUGGGCAACAAAUUUUGAUGAAUUGGAGAAAUAUUAUAUGAAGAUAAAGAUUCGAUUCAAUGAAACUGGAGAAUAUCUGAAAAAGUUCGAGCAUUACCCAAACUAUUACAGGGCAGCAAAUCUGGACCAUGGACAUUGGACAGCCCCGUACUUCGAUUGUAAUGGCAAGGUGAAGAAAUGGGUAAUUACCUAUGCGUCUCCAUUUUUUGGCUGGGACAGCUUAAAAGAGAAACUAGAAUUCAAGGGUAUCAUAGCUGUUACCAUGGAUAUGCUUCAGUUGGAUAUAAAUCAAUGCGAUGAUAAGUUUUAUCAGCCAAAUGCAUUCAAGGAUACGCAUAAAUGUGACAGAAAGACAUCAUACUGCGUACCUAUCCUUGGUAGAGGAUUUGAGACAGGUGGAUAUAAAUGUGAAUGCAAACAAGGCUUUGAGUAUCCAUUUGAAGAUUUAAUCACGUAUUAUGAUGGACAAUUAGUGGAAGCUGAAUUUAAUAACAUCGUUAAUGACAAAGAAACAAGGUACGAUAUGUUCAAAUGUCGAUUGGCUGGUGCUUCGUCAAUUGAAGACAGUUGGAUACUACUGUUAUCAACGCUAAUGAUAUUUUUUUUUACUCAGAGAAGAUGAGAAAAUACUUUUAAUAUUUUGUAAUGCAAAACGUCCACCGUUGCAAUUUUUAUAUUAGCAACUACCUUUUUCAAGCCGUCCAUUAUAAAUGCAAGUUAAGUAACUAAAGAUACACAUCACACACACACACACACAAAUAUAUGUGUAUAUAAAUUAGGAAUCGAAUUAUUAAGUAAAAUUUUUGUAAUCGCAUAAAUGCGAUAAAUACGCACAGAACAAUUUAUUACAAUUUUAUAGCUGUAAUUCUAUGGGCCUCAAUAUGAAUUUAACUUUUAAACUGUAAUAUCAAUCUUACAGAUCGCUAUUGCAAUUUAUCAAUAAUUUUCUUGACAUCCAUAAGCGUUCUAAACUCACUAGUACCUUCAUAUGCUAUUUAUCCCUACAAGCACUGCAGUGAUCCUACUAUCACGGAGCGUGUAAUAUGAGACGGUUGAAAAAUUGCAGCAGACCCACAGACUGAGAUUACCCUCUGCGUUAUUUUUACUGCAGUAUUGAGUAUUUCUUUAUUUCUUCAUUUACGUCUUAUUUAAAUAUUUUAACUCUUACUCACUGUGUACUGUUAUUUUAAAGUUAGGAAAAUUUUUAUAAUUCAACUUUCUUACACUUUUUUAAGAUUUUCCAAAUGGAAGUAAUUUUUUCUUUUUAAAUCAGCCUUUUUCAAACUUUGACUCUAAAUAAUUCCCGAACAGGUCAAUGUAUCAACCUCCGCUUUGUACUAAAAAUGUUUCUUUUUAUGCUCUUUCAAAUGAUAUAGUACAUAUGGACGGUUUCAUUCGAAAUUUUUGAAUCUGGGUCACCCUAAAGCAUCUCUGAACAACUUUCACAACCUUCUUAAAAGAGUAGCUUCUCGAACUGAUCAAACACAUGUUUCGCGGUUUUUCAUAAUUUUGAACUAUUUCCGAAAAAUAAAAAUUGGUAAUAGACUUUAGUAAAAAACACCUUAUAUAUAUAUACAUAUAUAUAUAUAUAUAUAUAUAUAUAUAUGUAUGUAUGGAUGUAUGUAUGUAUGUAUGUAUGUAUGAGGUUUUGUUGCUAAUUCUCAUGUUAAAACAUCCUUUUUCGCCUCCUUUAUUUACAAAUAUUCAGAAUAAUUGAAAAGAUACAUUUUCCAUAAGGAACUUAUAAAGUUAAUAGAAACAUGAUAGCGGUCUGUUAGAUCGCUGUUUACCAAUAAUGUGAUUUUUUCGAAUAUUACAGUUUAAAUGUUAAUAUUUACACAAAAAUUUUCGAAAUUUUAUAACAUGAUAUUAAAGUAUACUAAAUAUACUCAUUUUUAUAAUAGUAUACGCACACAUACACACAAACACACACACACACACACACAUACAUACACACUUAUACAUACUUUUUUCUUAUUUAAUCAUGAUGGUAAUUAACGACGCUAAUGACACCAAGAAUCUUAUAAUUAUAUAAUUGAGAAUUGUAAA